UUCUUGAAUCGACUGGAUGACCUUGAGGCGUCCAAACACACACGUCCUUCAGAUUUACCCUUGAUAGCUACUGUGGGGUGGUUUUUAUCUUCAGAAUGUCAGAUCCGUUCUAUGUUGAAGGGGAUCUGGAAGAUUUUGAAGAAGAUGAUCCUGAACGUCAGUUUUAUGGAGAUGAACAAAGUAAUGAAGACGAUGAAAUCACGCCAGAUAUGUGGCAGGAAGCUUGUUGGAUUGUUAUAAGCAGCUAUUUUGACGAAAAGGGCUUAGUCAGACAACAGUUGGAUUCUUUUGAUGAAUUCAUCCAAACAUCGAUUCAGAAAAUUGUUGAAGAUUCUCCCAUUAUCGAGUUACAGGCAGAAGCUCAGCAUAGUGGUGGAAUUUUAGAAAAUCCCGUUCAAUAUCGUCUAAAAUUCGAACAAAUCUAUUUGAGUAAAGCUACUCAUUGGGAAAAAGAUGGCUCCUCCGUGCCAAUGACACCUAAUGAUGCAAGACUACGAAACCUGACUUAUGCGGCACCGCUUUACGUCGAUGUAAUGAAGAAAAUAGUUCGUGAUGAAAUUGAAGAGGAAAAGCCAUUAGAAAAGAAGUUUAUAGGCAAAAUUCCGAUUAUGUUGAGGUAAAAUAUCCUUCUAUAAAUAAAUGGCAUACCUUUUCUAAUUCACAUAUUUUUUAAGAUCUACAUAUUGUCUUUUAUCAUUGAUGAGUGAUCGUGAUCUUGCUGAAUUAAAUGAAUGUCCUCUAGAUCCUGGGGGAUAUUUCAUCAUUAAUGGAUCUGAGAAAGUUUUGAUAGCACAGGAAAAAAUGGCUACAAAUACAGGUUUGUUUUACUGUUAUCCGAUUACCUAAAACGUGGAAUUUUUAUUUUAGUGUAUGUUUUUAAACAAAAGGAUAGUAAAUACGCUUACAAGACAGAAAUUCGAUCAUGUCUUGAGCAUAGUUCCCGGCCAGCUAGUACAUUAUGGAUUAAUAUGAUGGCACGUGGUGGUAAAGAUGGCAGUAAACGAGCUACUAUUGGUCAAAGAAUUGUGGCUAUUUUACCAUAUAUAAAACAAGAGAUUCCAGUGUUAAUUGUAUUUCGUGCAUUAGGUUUUGUCGCUGAUCGUGAUAUAUUAGAACAUAUUAUUUAUGAUUUUGAUGAUACAGAAAUGCGUGAAAUGAUUAAACCUUCUUUAGAUGAUGCAUUUGUAAUUCAGGAACAAAAAGUUGCACUUAAUUUCAUUGGUUCUCGUGGUGCACGACCUGGUGUAACGAAAGAAAAGCGUAUAAAAUAUGCUAAAGAAAUUCUUCAAAAAGAAACUUUACCACAUGUUGGAGUAUCAGAUUUUUGUGAAACACGUAAAGCUUAUUUUUUAGGCUAUAUGGUUCAUCGUUUAUUAUUGGCUGCAUUAAAACGUCGUGAUGUUGAUGAUCGUGAUCAUUAUGGAAAUAAACGAUUAGAUUUAGCUGGUCCACUUCUUGCAUUUUUAUUUCGUGGAUUAUUUAGAAAUCUUACUAAAGAAAUUCGUUUAUAUGCUCAAAAAUUUAUAGAUAAGGGCAAAGAUUUUAAUUUAGAAUUGGCAAUUCGUAGUCAAAUUAUUACAGAUGGUUUAAAAUAUUCACUUGCUACUGGUAAUUGGGGUGAUCAGAAAAAAGCAAAUCAAGCACGUCCAGGUGUUUCACAGGUGCUUAAUCGUUUAACAUUUGCAUCUACUUUAUCACAUUUAAGACGACUUAAUUCACCUAUUGGAAGAGAUGGAAAAUUGGCAAGACCUAGACAGUUGCAUAACACUUUAUGGGGUAUGAUUUGUCCAGCUGAAACACCUGAAGGUCAUGCUGUGGGAUUGGUGAAAAAUCUUGCCUUGAUGGCAUAUAUUUCAGUUGGAAGUCAACCAUCACCUAUUUUAGAAUUUUUAGAGGAAUGGAGUAUGGAGAAUUUGGAAGAAAUCGCUCCUUCGGCUAUUGGAAAGACUUGUAAAAUAUUUGUCAACGGUUGUUGGGUUGGUAUCCAUAGUUCACCAGAUCAUUUAAUGGGUACUCUACGAAAACUACGCCGUCAAGUUGAUGUCAUUGUUAGUGAAGUCAGUAUGAUUCGGGAUUAUCGUGAUCAAGAGAUACGAAUCUAUACAGAUGCUGGUCGUAUUUGUCGUCCAUUAGUUAUUGUUGAAAAAGGCAAAUUACUAUUGAAACGUAGUCACAUUGAACUUUUAAAAGAUAAAGCGUAUAAUCGUUACAGCUGGCAAGAUCUUGUACUCAGUGGUGUAGUUGAAUAUAUUGAUACAUUAGAAGAAGAAACUGUUAUGAUUGCUAUGGGUCCAGCAGAAAUGCAAGCUGCUGUAAAUUAUUGUAAAACACAUACACAUUGUGAAAUUCAUCCAAGUAUGAUAUUAGGUAUAUGUGCUAGUAUUAUACCAUUCCCUGAUCAUAAUCAAUCACCAAGAAAUACAUAUCAAAGUGCUAUGGGUAAACAAGCUAUGGGUGUGUAUAUUAGUAAUUUUCAUACAAGAAUGGAUACAUUAGCUAAUGUAUUAUAUUAUCCACAAAAACCAUUAGUUGCUACACGAUCUAUGGAGUAUUUACGUUUUAGAGAACUUCCAGCAGGUAUCAAUGCAAUUGUUGCAAUUGCAACAUAUACCGGUUAUAAUCAAGAAGAUUCUGUGAUUAUCAAUGAAAGUGCUAUACAACGUGGUUUCUUUCGAUCAGAAUUUUAUCGUACUUAUAAAGAUCAAGAAACACGACAUGGUAUGGAUUUAGAAGAAGUAUUUGAAAAACCAAAUCCACAAAAUUGUCAAGGAAUGCGUCAUGCUAUCUAUGAUAAAUUAGAUGAUGAUGGAUUGAUUGCACCUGGUACUAGAGUUUCUGGUGAUGAUGUAUUGAUUGGCAAAACAAUUACUUUACCAGAGAAUGAAGAUGAGAUGGAAGGUGGACAACGACGAUAUACUAAACGUGAUGCUAGUGUAUUUAUGCGUCGUAGUGAAUAUGGUAUAGUUGAUCAAGUUAUGGUCACAUGGAAUAAUGAAGGCAAUAAAUUUUGUAAAGUACGUGUACGUACUACAAAAGCACCGCAAGUUGGUGAUAAAUUCGCUAGUCGACACGGACAGAAAGGUACUUGUGGAAUUCGUUAUCGUCAAGAAGAUAUGCCAUUCACAUGUGAAGGAAUUACACCAGAUAUUAUUAUUAAUCCACACGCUAUUCCUAGUCGUAUGACUAUUGGACAUUUAAUUGAAUGUUUACAAGGUAAAGUUAGUGCAAAUAAAGGUGAAAUUGGUGAUGCUACACCAUUUAAUGAUGCUGUAAAUGUACGUAAAAUUUCAUUACUUUUACAAGAGUAUGGUUAUCAACAUACCGGUAAUGAAAUUAUGUAUAAUGGAUUUACUGGAAGAAAAUUAAAUUCACAAAUUUUCUUAGGACCAACUUAUUAUCAACGUUUAAAACAUAUGGUUGAUGAUAAAAUUCAUAGUCGUUCUCGUGGUCCUGUUCAAAUACUUAAUCGUCAACCUAUGGAAGGUCGUAGUCGUGAUGGUGGUCUACGUUUUGGUGAAAUGGAACGUGAUUGUCAAAUAGCACAUGGUGCAGCACAAUUUCUACGUGAACGUUUAUUUUUUGCUAGUGAUCCAUAUCAAGUGUAUGUUUGUAAUUUAUGCGGUCUUAUAGCAAUUGCUCAUCAACGUAAUAAAACUUAUGAAUGUAGAAGCUGUAAAAAUACAACUCAGAUUUCUUUAGUGAAAUUACCCUAUGCCUGUAAAUUAUUAUUCCAAGAAUUAAUGUCAAUGUCAAUUGCACCGAGGAUGAUGAUCAAUAGUCCUGCGGCUUAAUGAUAAACAAAAAAAAAGAAUCAUGUGAAGAAGGAAAGAAGAGAUGAAUUACUCUAUCUGUCCAUGAAUUUCAGGCUUUAUCAUCAUCGUCAUCAUCAUUCACAUUGUAUUGAGACUUGUUUUGCUUUUUUUUUCCUGUUUCUUUGUACAUACAACUUUUUUGCAUUAUC